CCGACGACCUUUGCCAUAUUUCAAUACCACACUACUACCACCCACGUGGAAUACUACUAUAUUAUACUCUCUUUGGUCUCCUGGCCCUGUCUCAAGAUGCCUGUUGUGCAAGACAAAUGGAUAAGCAAUCCACUGGACGUUGUGCAAGAGCUUUUUGAGAGCUCCACUGCUCCAUCCUGGGGUGUGAGGGAGUACUUUGAGAGCAAAAUCAACUCCCAGGAAUCUUUAACACAGAUCCCCUCAUUGAACCACACCCCACUGCAUCACCUCCCUGAGGGUACUCUAGUCCGAUACAGAGCCAUGGUGCAGGACCAGUUUGACCCUGAGUUCUACCUCAAGGUCUACCACAGCAGACACCAGCAGACCAAAGCUGAGUCUAGGCACUGUGGGAUGUACAGAGAUGUCACAGAACAACCGGCUGAGAGUGAGAUAGACUUUGAGCAUGACCUCAAUGUCACUGGGGACAGGCUCACUCUGUACUGUGUCCCUAUACCGGGAGAAACCAAAUGGGCCAAAGCUAUAUCCAUUUCAGAAUCUCAGUCAAGUCUCACUGAAAGUUUCUCUGGCUCAUCUGCUUCUCAGAGCCGUCUCAAACGCCCACUCAGUGAGGAGCGUGACAAUUGUGAGGGUUGUGAUGAGCGUGACAGUUGUGAGGGGGGUGGGCAAAUGGAGGUCAGUGAGGGGGAGGGGCUGAUGAACAAACGACCUCGAGACACGAGUGAUAUCAGAGCAUCAACUGCUUGCAAGAGGCCUGACAUGAACACUCCACUGCCCAAUGAAGAAGGUGUGACAGCCAUUGUCAAGGUGUACUCUGAUUUUGAUUCGUUCAAAGUAACGAGUAUGGUGGAGUUCAUUGGAGUGUUAUCAGUGGACCCCUCCCUAGCAUGCUUUGAGAGCACAACGUCCGAAGGUGUGGACUCACUAAUUAACCCCGUGGGCGGAGAGACGGCUGCCGAGAGGAAGGCACACUCUCCACCACCCUCACUCAUCCCACGCCUCCACACUAUCACAGCACGAUUCAUCACCCACUCGUGUCCUCUCCUGCCGAGGGAACUAUCACCACCUGUCAAUAAUAGCUCCAUUUUGAGCCAGUUGUCCUGUGAUGUGUCGGUUGUCCGUCAGAUGACCCUUGACCUCUUGACUCGGACACUCCUGGGUGACAGUGUGGCAGCUGAAUACGUCCUCCUACACCUUAUAUCCUCAGUGUAUGGUCGGACUGAUGUUCUUGCACUAGGCAAGUUUGCUGUGAACCUCACCAACUUCCCCCCCUCCCUAGUGGACUCACUCCACACUGUACUGGAGACCAUAGUUACCAAGUGUCAUCUGUUGAGCAUGAGUCUGGAGAAUAUGAACAAGUCAAGGUUUUCCCCCAAGAAGGACUACCAUGCCAACAGACUGACAGCUGGACUGCUACAACUGACUGAUGGCACUCACCUGGUGGUGGAUGAGACUGCUCUCACCCCUGGACAGCUGAGUGAGGUCGGAGUGCAGAACCUCACUGCUCUGGGUAACCUCAUACAAUGGCAGAAGGUCUCCUACGACUUCCAGUACCACACUGCAGAGUUUGAGACUAACGUGCCUGUCUUGUUACUGUCCGAGGGCAAGUCAAUACUCCAGACUGACUGUUGGGUUCCCAUGGUUACCAGCUGUAGCUCAGUACCUCAGCAACAGCUCACAGAGGAUCAACUACAUCAGAUCAGGCUCUACCUGGCACUGUGUAGGAUGCUCCAAUACACACUCAGUGAUGAUAUCAAAAAGAACCUUGAGGAGGACUUUGUGUUAAUGAGACGCAGUGACUCAUCCGUGACUGCCGAGGUCUUCCAUCAUCUGUUGGGCGUGUCUCGACUGGUAGCCCUCAGCCGUGGCUCUGCCCAGCUGACCAUGGACCACUGGACACAUACCAAACACCUGGAGGCACUACGAAGCAAUAGACAUAACUGAUCACUUGACUUGACUGUAUAUAAUUAUGUAUUAUGUAUAAUUAUUGUCUGCUAUCAUUAUCUGGCUGCAUAAUUAUUAAUAUAAAGACAUAGAAA